AUGCCAGAGCUAGAGUCAGAUCAGUGCGCGAAGCUUCAUCUGUUCACGCUGCUGAGCUUGGUGCUCAGCUCAUCGCUGGCAGAUCCCUCGCCCACAGUGGCACCCUGUGUGCAUGCGGAUGGCGCCGCUGGCUACUCGUAUGCACCGCCAGCUGAAGUCAAGUUCUCCAUAACGCCAGGAGUGACCAAGUACAGUCAGACGCCUGCCAUUUCCAGCUACUCGGAGAACGGACACCUGCUGCACACGUCCGUUGGCAGCGGAGCAGCGUCCUAUGAGUCCACGGCGGGCAUUGCGGGCUAUUCGCACGGCGGACUAACGCAGAUCAACAAGUACGUGGCUCCAGUGCAGAAGUCACUGUUUACGCCCUCGGCAGAGUACGGUGGUCCAGGGAUCACCUAUGCGGAUAGAUCUCCAGCUGCCAAGUAUGCAACGACGGUGCCCUCUGGCAUUGAGCUGAAAAAUCUAGUUUCGCCUGCCUUGACCAAGACGCUGCUGACAUCUCCAAGGCUGGAGAACGCCUAUCUGCCUCCAUCACCUGCCCUGACCAAGGUGGCCACCUACUCGUCGCCUGGUUACUCCUACAGUCAAGCCACUCCAGCCAUUUCCAAGGAGGCCACUUACACCUCGCCCUCGGCCUCCAGUUUGCCAUACUAUUCACCGAAGGUGACCACCAAGGUGGAGACUUACACCUCACCGGGCUACACAUACUCCAAGGCCACGCCAGGUUUCUCCAAGGUGGAAACGUACAGUUCACCAGGCUACAGCUUUUCUCAAGCUACUCCAGGCAUUUCAAAGAUUGCCACCUAUUCCCCUUCGGUGUCCUAUGGAGCUCCUGCUAUUAGCAAGGUUGCCAGCUAUGCUGCACCUGCUCCAAUAUUGACAUCAUCACUGCUCUCCUCCCACGGCACAGGUUACUCCGGCACUUAUGCGCCCGCUCUUUCCAAGACCUAUCUUCCAGCUGCACCUGCCCUUGCCACGCCCUACAUCUCUGCACCUGCCAAGGUGGCAACCUAUGCCGCUCCAGCACUAUCCACUUAUUCGGCUGCUCCUGCUCUGACCAAACUGAGCACUAGCUAUGGAGCAAGUGGCUCCGGUGCCGUCUCCCAUCAAUAUGUCUCCAAGCCAGCAGUGGCUACUUAUGCAGCUGCUCCUGCUGUCACCAAGAUUGCCAGCUAUGCUGCACCAGCUCUGGCCACCUAUUCCACAGCUCCUGCUGUGACCAAGAUUGCCAGCUAUGCCGCACCCUCAAUCUCCACGUAUUCCUCAGCUCCUUCCCUGGCCAAAGUGGCGACUUACAGUCAGGCUGCGGAUGUGUCCCACCAAUACAUCUCCAAACCAAUUGUCGCUGCUUAUCCAGCAGCAGCUCCUGCCAUAGCCAAGGUUGCCACAUAUGCUGCUCCCGCAGUCUCCACCUACUCCGCGGCUCCUGCCAUCACCAAGGUGGCCACCAGCUAUGGCAGCACAGGACAUGGAGGAGCUGUCUCCCAUCAGUAUGUCUCUAAGCCAGCGGUUGCCACCUAUGCAGCUGCUCCGGCAAUCACAAAGAUUGCCAGCUAUGCUGCUCCUGCCCUUGCGACCUAUUCCGCUGCUCCUGCGAUCACUAAAGUAGCCACCAGCUAUGGCAGUUAUGCCAGCUCUGGACAUGGAGGAGCUGUCUCCCAUCAGUAUGUGUCCAAGCCCGCUGUGGCCACCUACUCAGCAGCUCCUGCGGUGACCAAGAUUGCCAGCUAUGCUGCUCCAACUGUGUCCACCUAUUCAACGGCUCCAGCAAUCUCAAAGAUUGCCAGCUAUGCUGCUCCUGCCAUUUCGACCUAUUCAGCUGCUCCUGCCAUCACCAAAUUGUCCACAAUGGCGACUUACAGUCAGGCUGCGGAUGUGUCCCAUCAAUACAUCUCCAAGCCAAUUGUCGCUGCUUAUCCUGCAGCAGCUCCUGCUUCCUAUGCUCCCGCUGUGCCGGCGAUCACUAAAGUGGCCACCAGUUACGGCAGCUCUGGUCAUGGCGCUAUAUCCCAUCAGUAUGUCUCCAAGCCAGCAGUGGCUACUUAUUCAGCAGCUCCUGCUGUGACCAAGAUUGCCAGCUAUGCUCCUGCCAUCAGCCCUUACUCUGCAGCACCUGCCAUCACCAAGAUUGCCAGCUAUGCUGCUCCAGCGAUUUCCACAUAUGCAGCUGCUCCUGCCAUCACCAAGGUGGCCAGCAGUUAUGGUAGCACAGGACAUGGAGGAGCCGUCUCCCAUCAGUAUGUGUCCAAGCCAGCAGUGGCUACUUAUGCAGCUGCUCCUGCUGUCACCAAGAUUGCCAGCUAUGCUGCUCCUGCCCUUGCGACCUAUUCCGCUGCUCCUGCCAUCACUAAAGUAGCCACCAGCUAUGGCAGCUAUGGCAGCUCUGGACAUGGAGGAGCUGUCUCCCAUCAGUAUGUGUCCAAGCCCGCUGUGGCCACCUACUCAGCAGCUCCUGCGGUGACCAAGAUUGCCAGUUAUGCUGCUCCUGCUAUUUCCACCUAUUCAGCUGCUCCUGCCAUCACUAAAGUAGCCACCAGCUAUGGCAGCACAGGACAUGGAGGAGCUAUUUCGCAUCAAUAUGUCUCCAAGCCCGCUGUGGCCACCUAUGGAGCUGCUCCUGCCUUAACCAAGAUUGCCAGCUACGCAGCUCCUGCCCUUUCGACCUAUUCCACUGGUCCGGCCAUCACCAAAGUGGCCACCAGCUAUGGCAGCUCUGGACACGGUGGUGCUGUCUCCCAUCAAUAUGUCUCUAAGCCGGCUGUGGCCACCUAUGCAGCUGCUCCGGCCAUCACCAAGAUUGCUAGCUACGCUGCUCCAGCUGUGGCCAGCUAUGGCGCAACGAUCUCCAAGACUUAUUUACCAGCUGCUCCAGCAAUUGCCAGCUAUGGAACUGCACCUGUUAUCAGCAAAGUGGCCACUAGCUACGGCGGAUCAGCUCAUGGCGCCGUCUCGCAUCAAUAUGUGUCCAAGCCGGCGAUAGCCAGCAUCGCAGCUGCUCCUGCCAUUGCCAGUUAUGCUGCCCCCGCAGUUGGCCACAUUGCCACAGGCUCUGGAAUUGGCGCCAGCUAUGCCAGCUCUGGACAUGGAGGAGCUGUCUCUCAUCAGUAUGUCUCCAAGCCAGCGAUAGCUACCAUUGCUGCCGCUCCAGCAACUGCAAGCUAUGCUUCAGGUCACGCCUAUGCCAGCAGCACGGCCUAUGGAAUCAAUGCGGGUAAAUUAGGUUUGGGAACCGCAGAAGGACAUGAUGGUUCCUAUUAUGGUGCUAUUUCACUUGGUCAUGCUGCCGUUUCGCCUGCACUUAGCUAUCAUGGAGCAUUGUCACAUGCCGCUGGUGGCUUGGCGCAUCUAGACGGUUCGCUCGCCGACUACAGCCAUGGACAUGGCAUAGGUCCAUUUGGAGCUGGAUUCAAUCGGUAUGCGCCCAGUGUGUCUGCACUGAGCGCACACGCCCCGCUGACACCCGCUGCCUACUUGAAGUCAGCGCCUGUGGCGCAGCACGCGCUGCUGAAGGUGUUGCCGGAGAAGCAUCUGGAGCACUUUGAUGCUCAUCCGCGAUAUGCCUUCGAGUAUGCUGUGAAUGAUCCUCACACUGGCGAUAACAAGCAUCAGCGGGAGGAGCGCGAUGGCGAUGUGGUCAAGGGAGAGUACUCCCUGGUCGAGCCCGAUGGCAAUGUGCGUACCGUGAAAUACUACGCCGAUUGGGAGACGGGCUUCCAUGCCGAGGUCAUCAACAGUCGCGAUCAGGGUAAAGUUGUGGCCAAGCGUCAGACAGCGGCCAAAUCGUGAGUGCCUGUGUUAUGAUCAGUGACUUGUUUUGUUCGCCAGCCAACUGUAAAUAGCCUACGAUUCAAUCUUCUUCUCAUUAAACAUUAAACGUAUUUAUGUAAACUCCACAACGACAAGAA